AUGCCUUCCGACAGCAAGCUAAAUAUACUCUAUGGAGUUCCAUCUGGAAAUCAAUCUGACCCCUCCCAGUUCGUUGUAUUACUGUGUGUUGAAGAUAUUCACCCACGAGACAAACCCUUUCGUGUAUUACUCGCGCAAACUAAGCUGACGUCGGCGCGGUGGCUGAUGGUAGCGAUAGUAAAUGGGAAAUGCCUUUACGCUCAUUCCCGUCAGCCACCGCCAAGUGUCAGCUUGGUUUUCACGAGUAAUAUUACGGCCCACGAACUUCUGGGUUUUACCUUUUCACCAAAUCGGACCACUUCUGCUGUCACUUUGCCAGCUACAACGAGACUUAACACGUCAGGAGAACGGUUCUUCGUUGAUAGGCAGCCCUCAUACCAUUUGGGUUGCUUACUCUUCUGGGACGAGAGGUGGACGGUAUGUGCGUACGUGGCUGGUCGCCCUGUGCACUUACCACUUUCUAGACCCCUUCUGCGUACAGUAUUCGCUAAUCUCACACGUCAGAUACCUCCAGAAAAAGCCGAUUGUAGAGUUGCCGGUUUCUGUGUGCUUUGCAUCAUUUGUGAAUAUAUAAAUGUUGAGACAGGGAAUUAUCUCACUGAGAAACUAGCUUGGCUUCAGACUUUGCUGUACGAGCUGCGGCUGGCGGCGUCGGACAACCUGAAGGAGAACUACACGACGGUGGUGAUCCACGUGAAGGACGUGAACGACAACCCGCCAGCGUUCGAGCGGCCGACCUACCGCACGCAGAUCACUGAGGAGGAUGACCGCAACCUGCCCAAGCGCGUCCUCCAGGUGACAGCCACUGAUGGGGACAGGGAUCGACCACAAAAUAUUGUGUACUUUUUGACGGGUCAAGGUAUUGACCCUGAUAAUCCAGCCAACAGCAAAUUUGACAUAAACAGGACAACUGGGGAAAUAUUUGUUCUCAAGCCCCUGGACAGAGACCAGCCAAAUGGGCGCCCUCAAUGGAGGUUUACAGUAUUUGCUCAAGAUGAGGGUGGUGAAGGUCUUGUUGGAUAUGCUGAUGUACAAGUCAACUUGAAAGACAUUAAUGACAAUGCACCAGUGUUCCCUCAGGGAAUUUAUUUUGGAAAUGUAACAGAAAAUGGAACUGCAGGAAUGGUUGUCAUGACAAUGACUGCAGUGGAUUAUGAUGACCCGAAUGAAGGAUCUAAUGCCAGGCUUAUAUACUCCAUUGAGAAGAAUGUUAUAGAAGAGGAAACUGGUUCUCCAAUAUUUGAAAUAGAAUCAGAGACUGGUGUAAUCAAGACAGCUGUAUGUUGUCUUGAUCGUGAACGAACUCCAGAUUAUUCCAUCCAGGUGGUGGCCAUGGAUGGAGGAGGGCUAAAAGGGACUGGAACAGCGUCCAUAAGAGUUAAAGAUAUAAAUGACAUGCCUCCGCAGUUCACAAAAGAUGAAUGGUUCACUGAAGUAGAUGAGACUGAUGAGACAAACCUUCCUGAGACUCCUAUUCUUACUGUGACUGUGCAUGAUGAAGAUGAAACAAAUAAAUUCCAGUAUAAGGUUCUUGAAAAUAGUGGCUAUGGUGCUGACAAAUUUACAAUGGUGAGGAAUAAUGAUGGAACAGGUUCACUGAAAAUUGUUCAACCACUUGAUUAUGAGGAUCAGAUGCAGAGCAAUGGUUUUAGGUUUAGAAUACAAGUCAAUGAUAAGGGUGAAGAUAAUGACAAUGAUAAAUACCAUGUGGCCUACUCAUGGGUUGUUGUCAGGUUAAGGGAUAUUAAUGACAAUAAACCUCAAUUUGAACGUCCCAAUAUUGAAGUUUCAGUGUAUGAAAAUGCUGAACUGGGAAAAAGUUUAGAAACCUUCAAGGCAACAGACCCAGACCAAGGAGGAAAGAGCAAAGUGAAAUAUGCAAUAGACCGCACUUCAGAUCGUAAACGACAGUUUGCCAUCAGUCAAGAUGGUAUUGUGUCAAUUCAGAGGAAUCUUGACAGAGAAGAAACACCACGACAUCAAGUUAAAGUUCUUGCAAUUGAUGAUGGCGUUCCCCCGAAGACAGCAACAGCUACGUUAACUGUAAUUGUUCAGGACAUAAAUGAUAAUGCCCCUACAUUCCUGAGAGAUUACAGACCUGUACUUCCUGAACAUGUUCCUCCCAGAAAAGUUGUAGAAAUACUGGCAACUGAUGACGAUGACAGGUCAAAGAGUAAUGGGCCUCCUUUUACAUUCCGGAUGGACCCCAAUGCAGAUGAUGUUAUACGAGCAUCCUUCAAAGUUGAACAUGAUCAGAAGGGUGCUAAUGGUGAUGGCAUGGCAGUUGUCUCAUCCCUUCGAUCAUUUGACCGAGAGCAACAGAAAGAAUAUUUGAUUCCAAUUGUAAUAAAGGAUUCUGGAAAUCCUGCCAUGUCAGGGACCAGCACACUAACUGUUGUCAUUGGAGAUGUUAAUGAUAACAAAAUGCAACCAGGCUCCAAAGAUAUAUUUGUAUAUAAUUAUAUGGGUCAAGCACCAGAUACAGAAAUUGGAAGGGUUUAUGUGUAUGAUCUGGAUGACUGGGAUUUACCAGAUAAAAAGUUUUACUGGGAAGGUGCUGAACAUCCAAGAUUUAAACUUAAUGGAGAUACCGGAAUGAUAACAAUGCGUCAUGGAACACAAGAUGGGAGGUAUAACUUGCGAUUCAAAGUAUAUGACAGAAAACACACUCAAACAGAUGUGCAGGCAAAUGUGACUGUGACUGUACGAGAAAUACCUCACGAAGCUGUUAUAAAUUCAGGGUCAGUUCGAAUUGCAGGAUUAUCAGAUGAAGAUUUUGUAAGAGUUUGGGAUUACAGAACACAGAGUCUUCAACGUAGCAAAGCUGAUCGUUUCCGCGAUAAACUUGCUGAGCUUCUGGAAACAGAAAGAGAAAAUGUAGAUGUUUUCAGUGUUCAGCUCCGUAAAAAGCAUCCACCAAUUACAGACAUCAGAUUUUCUGCACAUGGAUCACCUUAUUACAAGCCUGUGAGACUGAAUGGCCUAGUUCUAAUGCACAGAGAAGAGAUUGAGAAGGAUGUUGGAAUCAAUAUAACUAUGGUUGGUAUAGACGAGUGCCUUUAUGAAAAUGUUAUGUGUGAAGGGAGUUGUACAAAUGUGUUGGAUAUUAGUAACCUUCCUUACAUGGUUAAUGCUAAUAAAACAUCACUAGUUGGUGUUCGAGUAGAUGUUAUAGCUGAAUGCACAUGUGGUGCCCGAAAUUUUACCAAAGGAGAAAAUUGCCGGACAAGCCCUUGCUACAAUGGUGGUCGUUGCAUGGAGCGUAAAUAUGGACUGAGUUGCUCUUGUCCCAGUGGUUACAAUGGACCAAGAUGUCAGCAGACUUCACGUAGUUUCAGGGGGAAUGGUUGGGCAUGGUAUCCUCCACUUGAAAUGUGUGACAAUUCCCAUCUGAGUCUUGAAUUUAUUACUAAGAAAAAAGAUGGGAUGCUGUUGUAUAACGGACCAAUAGUGCCUCCUGAGACUAAUGAAGUUUUAGUGUCAGAUUUUAUUUCACUGGAGCUUGAAGGUGGAAUGCCAAAGCUGUUCAUUAAUUUUGGUUCAGGAACAUUGGAGUUGAGAGUUAAAACAAAAAAGACAUUAGAUGAUGGAGAAUGGCAUAAUAUUGAUAUUUUCUGGGAUACAGAGAAUGUACGUUUGGUGGUGGAUUACUGCAAAUCAGCUGACGUAGUAGAGUUGGAGGAUGGGACACCACCAGAAUUUGAUGAUUCUAGCUGCCAAGCACAUGGAACAGUGCCACAAUUCAAUGAGUACCUAAAUGUCAAUGCUCCUUUACAGAUUGGAGGUUGGUAUGUGCAAAAUUUUGAAGCAGAACUAUAUGAAUGGACAACAUUACCAUCAGGCAAAGGUUUCGAUGGAUGUAUCAAAAAUGUGUUUCACAACAGUAAGCUGUAUGAUCUAGCACACCCAGGACUCUUUCGGAACAGUGUCGCAGGCUGUCCUCAAACAGAAGCACUAUGUGAAGCACAAGAUGCAACUGCUCGUUGCUGGGAACAUGGUUCUUGUGUGGGUAGCUUUUCACAAGCCCGCUGCAAAUGUGAACCAGGAUGGACAGGACCUAGCUGUACUGUUCCAACUAUACCUGCAACUUUCAGAACUCAGAGUUAUGUGAAAUAUGCUCUCUCUUUUGAGCCUGACCGUUUCACCACACAGGUGCAGUUACGGUUUCGCACUAGAGAGGAACGUGGUGAACUAUUCAGAGUUAGUGAUCAGCACAAUCGGGAGUAUGGUAUCCUCGAGAUAAAAGACAGUCGACUUCACUUCCGAUAUAACCUUAAUAGUCUGCGGACAGAAGAAAGGGAUAUCUGGCUAAGUGCAGUCACAGUGGAUGAUGGGCAAUGGCACACAGCGAAGGUCUCCCGGUAUGGUUCAGCAGCUACACUUGAGCUUGAUGGUGGAGAAGGACGAAGAUACAAUGAAACAUUUAUAUUUGAAGGGCAUCAGUUACUUCUGGUGGACAAGCAAGAAGGUGUCUAUGCUGGUGGAAAAGCUGAAUACACAGGUGUACGAACAUUUGAGGUGUAUGAUGAUUAUCAGAAAGGUUGUUUGGAUGACAUUCGACUAGAAGGCAAGCAUCUUCCUCUUCCUCCAGCAAUGAAUGGAACACAGUGGGGACAAGCAACAAUGGCACGGAAUCUGGAACGUAAUUGUCCAUCAAAUAAUCCCUGUGCAAAUGUUUUGUGCCCAGAUCCAUUUGAGUGUGUUGACUUGUGGAAUGACUAUGAAUGCACCUGUGGUGAAGGGAAGAUUGUGGCCCCUGACCAGAAAGGUUGUGCUGAUAAGAAUGAGUGCUUGGAUAUGCCUUGUCAGAAUGGUGGCUCAUGCAUCAAUGAAGAGCCUAAACUUCGUUACCGUUGCUCAUGUCCUGAGGGCUUCUGGGGGGAAAACUGCGAGUUGGUGCAGGAAGGGAGGACGCUCAAGAUUAGCAUGGGGGCACUUGCAGCCUUCUUAGUCUGUCUUCUCAUCAUCCUUAUACUGGUACUUGUGUUUGUCGUAUACAAUCGCCGACGUGAAGCUCGUAUCAAGUAUCCUGAACCAGACGAUGAUGUGAGAGAAAAUAUUAUUAAUUAUGAUGACGAAGGUGGUGGUGAAGAUGAUAUGACAGCAUUUGACAUUACACCUCUUCAAAUACCAAUUGGUGGACCCAUUCCAGAGAUGCAACCAAAACUUACAUUUCCUCCACUGGGCCCAGAGCCAAACAUAGGAGUGUUUAUAGAGGAACAUAAGAAGAGAGCUGAUGCUGACCCAAAUGCUCCACCAUUUGAUGAUCUAAGAAAUUAUGCAUAUGAGGGUGGUGGAAGUACUGCAGGGUCCUUGUCUUCUUUAGCUUCUGGUACAGAUGAUAAUGAACAAGAUUUUGACUACCUCGGAGCCUGGGGCCCACGAUUUGACAAACUAGCAGACAUGUAUGGUCAGGAAGGGGAAGAAAGUGAGGAAGAUGAAGAACAAUUUGCAGCCCAUCAGCAUCAGCACAGCUCAUCACAUAUUGUACCACCAUAUUCUUGAUCAGCUGCCAAAAUGUCUCAUAGUUCUGGGAGUUAGCUAUCUUUAACAAGUCUGCCUUCCAGAGUCUCGGCAGAAAAGAAGGCUGUAGUUGUUUGGACACCUUCACUGGCACAAGACUAAUCUUAUAGAAGUCCCCUUUCCUGAGUAUCAAGCACAUAAAAGUAAGAUGUGGCUAGGUAUGCCACAGUUAGUUGCCCUCUAUGUCAGUUACUUGCUGUUAACUCCAAGUGUUCUUGAGAUUGCUGAAUGUUGUGUGUGUGCUGGAACUCCAUCACAAUAUUUCGGUAUUCUGAGUAGGACUGCAAAAGACAUCUACUCCCAGGAUGUUUUCAAGACUGUUACAUUUGUGUUAAGUCAGUGCAAUAUAGUUUGUAGAUGUUAUACAUGACUUUUAACUUCAUGUUUUUAAGGCACAUUCUUAACAUGCAAUGAAGUCUCAGAUUGUUUUGCAUGUUCCUAGGAUAGCAUUCUGCUCACUAUGCAGAUUUAAAAAGGAGAACUGAUGUGGUAUGUGGGCAAAAUCAGUGACUUGAAUGUGGUGGAUUACUGCUAAAAACAUGUAAGAGCUACAGAAUGCUGCAACUUACAAUACAAUACAGUACAGGUCAUCUGCUUCCUAAAAAAUGCUGCUUUUGAAAUAUGUGGAAAUUGCUGACAGGACUUUCAGUACGCACCUUCACAACAAGGCAGUGACCCACCACUACCUUUAUAGUAAACCUUGUUAACCAAGGAAAUUAGAAUAGUGUGAGCCAUUAGGCUCUCUCACAGUAUUCAGCGAGGCAUUUUGUAAUACGGCCUACAGGUUACAAUUUUUUUUUUUUUUAAUUCAUACUGUUUGCCCCAGGAUCAAAUCAUGCAUUUAAAAUUUAAGACUCAGGUGAAGCUUAAUGCAGAUGUCUCAUUAAUUCCUGUAAUACAAAAUUUUCUGUUACUCUACACACAAUGGAUGUAAUGGAAAAUGAUAACUUGAUAGUACAAUAUUACAGUUUGAUUUUUUCUUUCUGUAAAGUCUUCGAAUGGCAAUGUGUGAGUUCGUGGAAGAAGUUACCACUAAAAUGAAAAUAUUCAUUUUAAAAAUUAAUUUUAUUGCUAAAAAGUGUGUGGAUUAUGUGACAAAGUGCUUAUUUUAUCUGAUCAGCUAUGAGUACGAGUGAUUCAUUACAUAAAAGAGACAAUUACAUCUCAUGGACUCAUUUAAACAAGAAAUGACUGCAGAGACAAAGACUCAAAGAAAUCAAUAAUGUAAUUUGCUGCCACUUUUCAGUGAGUGGGAAAAUGAUUAAGGUACUAUAAAUUCUAGUCACUUUACCUGAGAAUUUGAACUGCGAUCAUGGGCGCUGAACUUACUCAUAAUUUUAUACUGAUCCAGUGCUCUAAACAUAAUCUUUGUGCACAGUUCAUUUCAUGCCAGUGCAACAGUUCUGUGACUAUUCACAUCAACUACUCCUGACUGUAUGAGUAUCAGCUUUGUGCAAAGUGUUUAUAUACUGACAGUUUUAGUGUUUUAUCUGAGGUACACUCUGAACAAGAAAGCAGCAAGAAGAAAUCCUGUGCCUCUACAGUGCAAGAAAUUUUUCUGAACACAACUGUCAUCUUUCAAAACAGUAAUAUUUGUGAACUUAUUUGAUUGUACCUUCUAGCAAAUGAGUUCUAGGACUGACAAUCAUGUACGUGCUAUUUAAUACAUUUUGUUUUGUGCUGUGAAACCAGAUUCUUUUCUGUAGUAGUGUCAUUUUUCAUAUUUUGCUUGAAUCUAUCCAAGUGUUACAUACACGUGUUUAAGUUUUGUUUUGUACUAACUAAUAAAUAUUUUUGUGAGGUUUGGAUAAUGUUACUCCACAUUUGCAGUUAACAUUACAGCAGAACUGUGAUAACAGGAUGAAACUAACAACACUUUAGUGUGGAAUUUUGCAUUAUAGGUAACCUCUAAACCAACUAAUUUUUAUAACAUUUUUCUUGUUGCUGCAUUAAUAGAAUGAGUGCAUCCCUGGAAAGAUUAAUAUUACUCAGUGUGUUACUGGUAUUAGUUAUCUGUGUUAGUCUCAAGAUGUUUCACGCAUUUAUCUUUUGUUUGACAAUUCAUUUUACUAUUGUAGAUUUCUGAGCUGAAGUAAAAAGUAUUUUUCAAAAUGUGUCAUUUAGUCUCUCAUUACAGGGAAAAUAACUCAAGGACCACAAAGUUUGUUAUAAAAAUGGUUUAUACCUAUUACAAAAACUAACUCUGCACCCAGGUCCUGAAGAUCAAGUACACCUCGUAAAAAGAAGGAUAUUUAUGUUUCAGGAACAUGAAAACAUAAGUAGCAGCAACUUAUUUUUUGAAAGGUUAUUACCUUCAUGAUAUCUGCUCAGAAAGUGUGCAACCUAUGGCAGUGUGAUUAAUUAAUGGAUAACAGAUCUACUGAAAAAAAGGCAUGGUACUUAAAAUGAUAGCAAUAAAAAUAAUCAAAGAAUGAUCUUUUGAUGCACCUUCAACAGAGAUAAAUAGCAGCAUGUUCAUCAAACUAUUAUAAUAACAUAGAAAAGUUAGGUUUGAAGGCAAAAAAUAUGGAAGUUUUGUAACAAUUGAUGGAUGACACUGACUCAGUUUAUUUUUAAAUACCCAAAAUGGAAAAAAAAUGAUUGAAGAAAGUAGGGGUAUUAAUGUUUUGGAAAUGCUUACAGUACUUAUAAAAAUGUUUUUGAGAAUUUGUAUAAAUUGAUUUUCAACAGUUAUUAAGAUUAUCAUUUAGCUAUAUAGAAAAUGGUUUCACUGCACAUCAACUUAAUAAAAUGAGAUUCAAUAUGUGUUUGAUUCAACCCUCUUUGAAUACAGCAUACUGAAGUACCUGUAUAAAGUACGUAAUGGAAUUACCAAAAAAUGUAUGUAGCUGAUUUAUGGUGACAAAGAUUCGUUUCCUUAUGAUGAAUCAGAAGCUCUGAAUGUUUAAGAUAAUACAUCAGCCCUGCAGCUGUAAACAGAGCUUUGGGGAAUUGUGAAACAUUUGUUUUAUAUAUAUGUAUUUCUCAGCUUUGUGGAAGUCAUGACAAAAUCUUCAAAGGUUGACUAUAGAUAAAAUAAACCCCAAAAAUGUUUUCAUCACAGUUUUGAAAAGUCGUGAAAAAUCAUGAUUGUUCAUCUUGUCUCUUCAAAUGAAUUUAUAUAUGCAGAACAUAAUCAUGCCUUAUAUGGCAGUUUCUAAAUUUGAAAUAACCAACAUCAGAAAUAAAGCUUGGCAAUAUGUGAGACAGGAAAGAUGUAUGUACCCAUCCAACAGUGAAACAAUAACAUUCAGAGCAGUGUUGACAAGAGACAGAAAUUAAUAAUCAGUAAUAAGAUCUCAAGGCUCCAGAAUUUCAGUAGUAAUUCUUUUGUCUGGAAGGAAAGCUGUGCAAGAAAUGCUGAACGAAAACAUGCAAGAAUCUGACCCAAGUUCAUUUUAUUUCAUUUCCUCCUCAACCCCCUUCCCUCACACUCAGCCCUGCAAGUGACGUGCAGUGGUAAGAUAUUGGACAUAUCCAGGAGGAUGGCAGCUCAAUGUCUGGCCAUUUACAUUUAGGCUUUCCAUGCUUUCUCUAGAUCUUUUACGGCAGAUGCCAGGACAGUUCCUUUGCAAAGAAUGCAGCCGAUAUCCUUCCCUAUAUUUCCCCAACGUGUUCUUAUACCCUUAUCUUUAAUGUCUCAUCAUCAAUGAGAUAUUAAACCCUAACCUCCCUUCUUUGGUUUUUCAUUCUCAUUUACAACUUGUACUUUCUUUACAGUUUUUAGCUAUUAUCUUUGGAUUCUCUUUUAGCCACAUCUUAUUUAUUAAUGUUUUGGGAAGUUACUCCAUCACAUUAUUACUUCUGAUAAUAUGCACAUUGAUUCUCACUAUUAAUUUACAGUAACUUCUCCAGCCAUCACUCACAUAUACACAUCUAAUUUACCAUUUACGUAUUCAUCAUUCACAUUUUCUUGCCAGGAAGGAUAAUAUUCAUAGUGUUUUAAAAGUGUGGAAGCAGUAUCUGUUUUCUCCUCUGGUAUGAUUUGGUGGUUGUCAUUUCUGCUUAGAAUGUUCCUUUUUCGGUGCUGAGUAAGUAAGGACUGAGCUUUUACCUCAUAGUUGUAUGCCAGUGUUUAUUUACUCUCCUUCCACCUUGUUGCUGUGAGACACUCUUUCUCCAAAAAAUUGAGUGAAUUUGCAUUUGAUCAGUGAUUGUCUCUCUCUCAUAACAUUCACAGUGCGAGAGGCAUUUAUAAGCUCUCGCUGAUUCAAACUGUGAUGGUUAUGUGUCUUAUUUUGUUGAAUCCCAAAUUCUUAUCUUGAUUCAUCAGCUUAAUGUUGUUUCGUUUUGCAUUCCUUAAAUCAUUGUAAAAGUUGCUACAUCACAGAGGCCACUACCAGAUGUUUUUUCUGAGCUUUUGAGAGUAUAAUGAAAGUAUUUCAUCCAUUUCUAUCUCAGAACAUGACAUCACAAUGUAAAUUAUGCCUCUCAGGAACUACAUAACAUUUGUUAAAGAAAUUUUUGUGCUUUUGUGGUAAUGUGCAUACUUUUCUUAGCAUGAAUUUGCAUGUUAUUUCUGUGUGACACGUGUAGUGUCAGAAAGCCUAUUCAAUAAUUUAAACAUUUAUUUCUCUUCUGUAAAUGUAUAGUCAACUUACAUUCCAAAGCCAUUCAUGGUGUACAGUGGAAAUAUGUGAAGGGCACGUUUUUCUCAUGGUAUGAUCCUGCUGGUGGAUGUGGUUGGAUUUUGACUUCUAGUCAUUCAGACUCGAAUGCUCGAUCAUGAACUGACCAUAAAACUGCUACACAAAGAAUGAAAAUUUUCUCAUAAUUGUAGUGUAACAGGCACAUUUUGGUUCAUGUAUCUAACAGUGGUUGGUUUUAUAAGUUUUAGUCAGAAUAAAAUUGUACAAGUCAUGGAGUUUUGGAUGCCUUAAAGUAAAACUAUAUUUGGAAACAAAAGUUUCAAAAUUGUAUGAUACUGAUUUUCAGAAAGAGAGGAAUAUUUAACAAAAAGACCAUACACCUGUUGAUGAUGUUGAACCUAAAUUAAAUUCGGCAUUGGUAAAUUAUCUAUAUCACUGUUUUAUUUUUAUUUCAACAGUUAAGCUAAAACUGUAAAGAGCUGAAAAUAUUGGAUUUACCGUGAUCUUUUGAUACUUUCUGUACUCUGUUUUGUUAUCUAAAUAAAUAGUGGUGAUGAUACGUCCAA